CGGGAAGGGGCGGGCAGCUCGCUCCUGCGGCGGCCGCGGCGGCCGUGCUCAUCUCGGCGGCCGAGCGCUCGAGUGGACGCGGGCUGCGCAAAUGGCUUGUCCGGCGCUCGGUCUGGAAGCUCUGCAGCCCCUGCAGCCCGAGCCGCCCCCCGAGCCCGCCUUCUGCGAGGCGCAGAAGUGGAUCGAGCAAGUAACUGGCAGAAGUUUUGGCGAUAGAGAUUUUCGGACUGGAUUAGAAAAUGGAAUCCUUCUCUGCGAGUUGCUGAAUGCUAUAAAGCCAGGACUUGUUAAAAAGAUCAAUAGAUUGCCUACCCCCAUUGCAGGAUUGGAUAAUAUCAUCUUAUUCUUGAGAGGUUGUAAAGAGCUCGGCCUUAAAGAAUCUCAACUCUUUGACCCGAGUGACCUCCAGGAUACUUCCAACAGAGUAACAGUCAAGAACCCUGAUUAUACUAGGAAACUGAAAAAUGUAUUAGUUACCAUUUACUGGCUGGGGAAAGCUGCAAACAGCUGUACGUCCUACAGUGGAACUACACUGAACCUGAAAGAGUUUGAAGGAUUGUUGGCUCAGAUGAGAAAGGAGACUGAUGACAUUGAAAGUCCUAAACGCAGUAUCCGAGACAGUGGCUACAUUGAUUGCUGGGAUUCCGAGCGCAGUGACUCCCUCUCCCCUCCUCGCCAUGGCAGGGAUGAUUCCUUCGACAGCCUGGACUCCUUUGGCUCCCGCUCCCGGCAGACACCUUCGCCAGAUGUAGUGCUCAGGGGAAGCAGCGAUGGGAGAGGAAGUGACUCUGAAUCUGACUUGCCACAUCGGAAGCUACCAGAUGUGAAGAAGGAUGACAUGUCUGCAAGGCGGACUUCCCAUGGUGAGCCAAAAUCAGCAGUGCCUUUUAAUCAGUACCUCCCGAACAAAAGCAACCAGACGGCCUAUGUCCCUGCUCCUCUGAGAAAGAAGAAAGCAGAGCGAGAGGAAUACCGGAAGAGCUGGAGUACUGCCACCUCCCCGCUGGGUGGAGAGCGGCCCUUCAGAUACGGUCCGAGAACUCCUGUGUCAGAUGACGCAGAGAGCACGAGUAUGUUUGACAUGCGGUGCGAGGAGGAGGCCGCGGUGCUGCCGCACAGCAGGGCCCGUCAGGAACAGCUGCAGCUGAUAAAUAACCAGCUGAGGGAAGAGGACGACAAGUGGCAAGAUGAUCUGGCCCGUUGGAAGAGUCGGAGAAGAAGUGCUUCUCAGGACUUAAUCAAGAAAGAGGAAGAAAGGAAAAAAAUGGAGAAGUUACUGGCUGGAGAAGAUGGGAAAAGUGAACGAAGAAAAAGCAUCAAAACCUACAGAGAAAUUGUUCAAGAGAAGGAGCGGAGAGAGAGAGAGCUGCACGAGGCGUAUAAGAACGCUCGGUCCCAGGAGGAGGCAGAGGGGAUACUUCAGCAGUACAUCGAGAGAUUCACCAUCAGUGAGGCUGUUCUUGAACGCUUGGAGAUGCCAAAAAUUCUGGAAAGAAGCCAUUCCACAGAGCCAAACUUAUCCUCCUUUGUGAACGACCCCAGCCCCAUGAAGUAUCUACGGCAACAGUCACUGCCUCCGCCCAAAUUCACUGCCACUGUUGAAACCACCAUUGCUCGUGCCAGUGGUCUGGAUACCAGCGUGUCAGUAGGCAGUGGGUCUCCAAGCAAAACUGUCACCCCCAAAGCAGUACCUAUGCUGACCCCCAAGCCUUACUCCCAACCCAAAAACUCUCAAGAGGUUCUGAAGACCUUUAAGGUAGAUGGGAAAGUCAGUGUGAACGGAGAGUCAGUCCAUGGAGAGGAGGAGGAGAAGGAAAAGGAGAACCCUGCAGGGGCGCCUGGCCCCUCCUUAACCAAAUCCCAGAUGUCUGAUGGCGUGGCCAGAGUGCACGGGUCCCCAGUGGAGGUGAAACAAGGCAAUAAUAGCAUUGAGAUCAACAUCAAGAAGCCAAGUUCUGUUCCCCAGGAACUGCUGGCAACCGCUGAGGAAACUGAACCGAACACCCAAGAGGAUGAAAGUGAUGGCGAAAAAGCAAGAAAAGGGAAUGCAGAGCUUGCUUCAUCAGAGUCACAGCAUUUUACGACAACUGUGACUCGAUGCAGCCCGACCGUGGCCCUGGUGGAGUUCUCCUCCAACCCUCAGCUAAAGACCGAUGUGCCAGAAGAGAAAGACCGGAAGAAACCAGAAAAUGAGAUGAGUGGAAAGGUGGAGUUGGUGCUGUCUCAAAAGGUGGUAAAGCCAAAGUCCCCAGAACCAGAAGCAACUCUGAUGUUUCCAUGUCUGGACAAAAUGCCUGAAUCCAACCCACUGCAUUUGCCAAAUCUCAAUUCUCAAGCGGAUUCUCCAAACAGUGAAAAAUCUCCUCUAACUACGCCUUUUAAGUUCUGGGCCUGGGACCCAGAAGAGGAACGGCGGCGACAGGAAAAAUGGCAGCAGGAGCAGGAGCGUUUGCUUCAGGAGCGAUACCAGAAGGAGCAGGACAAGCUGAAAGAAGAGUGGGAAAGAGCCCAAAAGGAGGUGGAAGAGGAAGAGCGCAGAUACUACGAGGAGGAGCGGAAAAUAAUUGAAGACACUGUGGUUCCAUUUACUAUUUCUUCAAGUUCUGCAGACCAGCUGUCUACGUCCUCCUCUGUCACUGAAGGCAGCGGGACAGCGAAUAAGACAGACUUGGAAAACUGUCAUGCGGAAGAAAGAGAAAGAAAACAGAAGAAACCAUUCCAGGGGAAUGAUAAUGACAUACUGCAUAAAACUGAGGAGAGUGAUCCGCUGGAGGCGAAGGGCAGCCUAUCGCAAGGGCCGUGGGCUCCCUCUGAGAAUUCCGCAUCGAAAGGAAUCCAUCAGGACCAUCAGCUGGAUACAGACAGUGGGGCCCCACCCUGUGGGACAAACCCACAGCUAGCUCAGGAUCCAUCCCAGAAUCAGCAAGCAGCAAACCCACCAAUGCACGUGUUAGAAGAUGUGAAGCCAAAAACCCUCUCUCUGGAUAAAAGCAUUAACCAUCAGAUUGAGUCUCCAAGUGAAAGGCGGAAGAAAAGCCCUCGAGAGAACUUCCAGGCUGGGCCCUUGUCCCCCUGUUCUCCUACCCCUCCUGGCCAGUCACCAAACAGGUCUAUAAGCGGGAAGAAACUGUGCUCUUCCUGUGGGCUUCCGCUGGGGAAAGGAGCUGCGAUGAUCAUCGAGACACUCAAUCUCUACUUUCACAUCCAGUGUUUCAGGUGUGGAAUUUGUAAAGGACAGCUUGGAGAUGCCGUGAGUGGCACGGAUGUCAGGAUUCGAAAUGGUCUUCUAAACUGCAAUGAUUGCUACAUGCGAUCCCGGAGUGCUGGCCAACCUACAACAUUGUGAUGUGGUUUUCAAGCUUUCAGAUCACUGACCAUUUCUUUAUUGAGGGUGUCCCCUGGCAACUGCUUAACAAAAUCCCAAGUUCAGGGGCUACUCAGCAUUCAUCUAAUUUCUGAAAGGCUCUUCUGAAAGGUGGUGUCUGUUCUUUUGUAGCAGUGUUUGUGUUUUUCUGAGGUUUUUUUGUUGUUAUUUUUUGUGGGUUUUUUUUUUUUUUUUUGCAUUUGCACAGUGUAUACAAAAGAAUAUUGAAUUGUAAUGACCCUGAAUAGUUCAAAAAGUGGUUUUAAUGUGGUCAAACAGGCUUACAGUUUAACAUGUGUUAUUCUCUUCUUUGGGAAGUAGCUAAAGGAUGCAAUAAAUUUGUUGUGUUUUAGUAUUUGUAGAAAUUAAACACUUUAUGUUUACAGAAUUGAGCUGCAGAAAGUGCAAGACAUGCCAAUUUUAGUGAUCUUCUAAGACAGGAGCAUACGCAUUUCAGAAAACUAAACAUCAUAGUGAGUUCUAUCUCUGAGCUAUAACUUGUUUUUAAUGCAGAGACACUAGUCUGAUAAUAUAUACUGUAAUCCUGAAAACAUUUGUGUUACUUACCUUUUGAGGCAGAAGUUAUAUCAAUAAAUUAUUGAACUGUUAGUAUUAGAUUUUGUGUACCUUGGAAGUGAUGUCAUUAAUAUAGGCUGGUUCAUCAACCACAGAGAACCCUUGCAAUAGCAGCUAGACUUACGCUUGGAGACAUUGCCCAAGGGUAGGAAGAAACCAGCGGGAAAUAUUUCAGUGAUCAUCUCCAAACUUAUUUACCAAAAUCUAUGAGGAAGUUUAAUCUUCAAAGAGUGACAGGUCGGUGGUAGCCUUGAGGCCCCGGUGGCCUGCUUCUCUCCAAGCACUAGCUUAGGAAUCUUCAAGAAGGGGCUCAUACCAGGUGUGUGGAAUGUGAGGCAUUGAGAUAAAUCUGUCCUUAGAUGUGACCACGGCUUACCUUUGGGGGCCACAUGUGCAGGUAUCCAAAGAGAAAGUUCAUUUUAAGAGAAUCCAGAUGACACGAUGUGUAAGCCACUGGGAUGUGACCAGCAAGAAGCUGCAGCUCAGCUUGUGCCCUGCCUACUCUAAUGGAUGCAUAUGUACCUUCGUUUUCCUACAUCACCUUCACUACUAUAAAGAAUUCUGGAUUUUGCUCGUGGAAUUUAGAAAGGAACUUUUGUGGAGACUUGACUUAUUUUCUACCCUGUAUGAUAAGUUUCAGCUGGACGAGAAAGAAAUCAAGUGACUAACAUCCAUCACAGUUUGCAUCUCCAGGCUGUUUUCUUCAAGACUGGGGACAGGGGGACUAUUUAUUCUGCCUUAAAAUGAUGGCAAAUAAGUGAAGAUGACAUUUUGUGAAUGUAGACUAUGGAUAUACUCCUAGUAGGUUAAUGUAGUCAUAAGAAGAUAUCAAGUAGAUGUGUUUCUUUAUGUAAGCAGUAUUUUUUUCUGUGUCUUAUUGAGUAUGGCUAGCAAUUAUUUAUUUCCAUGCUAGAGGGUCCUUUGCAUGUGGGUUCAUGUAGGCGCAGAAAUUUCCUCACCACUGGAGGUGUUUGACCACUUUGUCAUUUGGAUGAGCUGUUAUUGGAUUGAAAUUUACACAUCAUUUCAUCGAAAAUUGUGCCUUAGAAAAUGCAAAGCUGUUGCACAUAGUCAGCAAUGAAUUAUGGAUGUGGUGCAUUGACAAGGUGAAGUCACUUCCAAAUUCCCACGACUUCUCAUGGAAGUGUUUCCUGUUUUACAGGGGAAAAAAAUGAAAAAGGAAAUAUUAAAACAAUUUUAAAAAUGUACAGAUCAAGUCCAAUAUUUUGAUUAGCCGCCUGCAUGUUUUAUUAACUAUUUUGAUAAUGUGGAUGUUUACACUUUGCAUGAUAUUAGCAAAGUACUUUACCACAAAUGAUGCACAAAACAUGUACAAUACGGUCAUUCAUAACCAAUUUUUAUAGAGUCCUUUUUACAUGUGGAAUUCCAUCCAUUAUGUGAGGAUUAUGUGAAUAUUGCACAUUCUCUUCCGGUUUCACAUUCAUUUAUACAUAUUUCUUAGUAAGACUCAUUGUACAAGUCAAGAAAAAUAAAGCUGCAUUCUCCAACUGCAAAACAUGCUUUCCCAUAAUGAACACUAGUCACCAGCACAGAAUAAUCUCCAACAUUUUCUAAAUUCUAAUUGCCAACUGUUUCUAUUUCUAUUUGAUUUAUAUUUCAUUUAGAGUCGGUUACAUGGCAGCUUAGCCAGACUAGAUCUUGUUUUUUCCAGUGUAGCAUAAUGAGUAUGAUCUAUUUCCUUUCAAAUAAUCUUUGAGAUCCCAGGAAAAUAAAAUGCUGUGCUCUGUGGAGCUAUAAUGCAAAUGUGUUUGUUUAAAAACCAGACGAGGCAAGUGGGUGAUUUAUUGUUCCUGAGGAAGUAUAUCUGAUUUUUGCCCUUAUACUUCAAAAGAUAGUCUCUUUUGUUUCCUAAGAAAAAAAAUGGGUAACUCUUUGUUUUUCACUAGCAAACUUUCAUGAUGUUGCUUCCUUCUUUCUAUGUAGUGUUAUUAAUGCAAUACAUAUUCUAGUUAUCUAUACACAGCGUAAGAUUUAACAAACUGAAAUGAUCCACCUCAUAUGUGAGUCCGUCCAAAAGAUGUUACUGUCCUGGGUGGGCCGAUGUUCUAUAUCAGUUACACUAAUUUUCAUUUACAAUAUUUAUUCUAAAAUGCCUCUGAGAAAUAGUUAAAAAAAAGUUAUCUAAAAUGCACAGCUUUUAUAGCAAAUGUACAUUUAUAAAUAAAAUACUCAAAUCAA